AGAGAGAGAGACAAAGAGAUAAAAAUAAAAAUUUAAUAAUAGUUUUGAGUACAAAUAUUAAGUUCAUUGGUGGAGGAGGAGACGAAUGCUUGUAGAUUCCACUUCUCUUUUACCUUUUUUGUUUCUCUCUUCUUCUUCUUCUUCUUCUUCUUCUUCGUUCUCUCUGUUCUUUUGUUAUUGAAGAUGGAGAAUUACAAGUGCAGGUAUUGCUUUAAGAGCUUCGCUAAUGGAAGAGCUUUAGGUGGUCACAUGAGAUCUCACAUGCCGAGUCUUCAUGUUGAUGAAGAAAGGCCGAGUCAACUCAGUUACGAGACGACUGAGUCCGAUGUUUCUUCGUCUUCCUCCAAGGAAAAGAGAAAUGGGAAGAAGAAGAAGAAUGAUCCGAAGUUUGCUUCUACAAGCUCUCUUCUUCUUCUUGAAGACGAGGAAGGUGAUGAUGAGAGCGAGACAGAGUCGUCUAGGAAUGUUAUCAACCUGACCCGGAAACGAUCUAAGCGAACUCGUAAACUCGAUUCGUUCGCGACGAAGAAGAAGAAGGUGAAAACGAGUCAACUCGGUUACAAGCCUGCUGAGUCUGAUCCUGAGCCUCCUCAUAGCUCAGCUUCUGAUACGACGACGGAGGAAGAUCUCGCCUUUUGUCUCAUGAUGCUCUCGAGAGAUAAAUGGAAGAAGAACAAGAGUAGUAAUAAUAAGGACGUAGUAGAAGAGAUCGAGACAGGAGAAGAAGAAGAAGAAGAAGGUUACAACAACAGGUUAAGCAAGAUGAAUCGAACGACAACAACAACGACGAAAGGGAGAUACAAGUGCGAGACUUGUGGGAAAGUGUUCAAAUCUUAUCAAGCAUUAGGUGGGCAUAGAGCAAGUCAUAAGAAGAACAGAGUAAGUAACAAAACAGAGCAGCAACGAAGCGAAACAGAGCAUGAUAAUGUGGUUGUUGUUGUUGCUGCUGCUGCUGCUGAGAAGAGAAUCCAUGAAUGUCCUAUUUGUUUUAGAGUUUUCGCAUCGGGACAAGCACUUGGAGGUCACAAAAGAUCUCACGGGAUUGGAAAUUUAUCUACUAAUCAUCAUCAUCAAGCUCAUCAUCAAAUCGAGUCUGUGAAACAGAGGAUGAUAGAUCUUAAUCUCCCUGCACCAACCGAGGAAGACGAAGUCUCUGUGGUGUUUCAAUGAAUGCUGAAUAAAGGUAACAGACUUUGCGUGAUUCGGGUAGUCCAAUUUUUCGUAAAGUUUGAAUCUUUUUUUAUUUUCUUUUUUUUUUACUAUUUUUUUUUUGGGGUUUUUAAUGUGUUUAUUUUAAAUGCAAAGGAGGCUACUUUUACAUGUUCUAACGCCGAUUCUUUUUUCUUCGUAUUGGCCUCACGUCGUGUUGGCCUAACUACAUAAAAUUGAAGAACAUUCAAAUAAGCUUCUACUUAGUUUAUAGACUAUUAAUGUUAUAAAGUAUACAACUUUUAAUGUUUGUGUUGAAAAUUUAAUUUUUGGCUCUUCUUGUUGCUUA